AUGUCCGUGGAACAAUUAUUUAUAUAUCCAAUAAAAUCUUGUGGCGGUAUCAAAGUUGAAGAGGCUCUAGUGACAAAAUAUGGUCUAGCUCUUCCAUUAAAUCCUGAUAUAGUCGACAGGCGAUGGAUGAUAAUAAAAGACGGACGAUUUCAAUCACAGCGUGUUCGUUCUCGUAUGCCGUUGAUUCAACCUUCAUUUGUCAAAGAUGGUUUAUGUCUUAGAGCACCAAAUAUGCCUGAGCUAUAUGUGCCUGUAAAUCCUUUGCCUGAUGAAGUGGUUCAUUGCUAUUGUUGGAAAUAUCCGAUUCUUGGCUUGCGCUACGGUGAUCAUGUUUCACAUUGGCUUCGAACUUUUUUUGAAACUGAAGACAAUCUUGAUUUAGUAGUAUUUGAUUAUAAACAAUUCGAAGGACGUCAAUGUAAAAAUUCUUCUGAUCCCAAUUCAGCUAGAGACGGUGAUGUUUCUAUCUAUCAUGAUAUGGGUCCAAUCAAUCUGUGUUCAACCAAAUCGCUUUAUGAUCUCAAUACGCGAAUGGAAAAAAAAAUAAAACUUAAUAAUUUUCGAGCGAAUAUUUUUGUGACAAAUAUUACCGAGCCUUAUGCAGAGGACUGUUGGCGUGAAAUCGAAAUUGGGAAAGUCAAGUUGACUUGGAUUGCGGCGUGCAUCAGGUGUUUGUUACCAACAGUUGAUCAAGAGACAGGCAUCAAAGAUCCAAAUCAAGAACCUCUGAAGACACUUAAAACCUAUCGCCUCAAACCGAUUCCAUACGAUGUCUCACCUUUAUUUGGCAUCAAUAUGGCACCAACAGAUGAUAAUAGCAUUGGUGUCAUUAUUCGUGUGGGCGAUUUAGUUCAAGUAAAAACAGAAGAAUUAGAUUUUUGGUCAAAAAACGCUUCCGUUUCAUCGAACUAA